CCCCCAUUCUCCUGGAUUAAUUAAGGAGGCAGCGGCAGGAGGCUGAGUCCUGGCCGCGGGCCGGGGCCGGGGCGCCGCUGGCAGGAGCGCUUGGGGAUCCUCCAAGGCGACCAUGGCCUUGUUGGGGAAGCGCUGUGACAUUCCCGCCAACGGCUGCGGGCCUGACCGCUGGAACUCCGCCUUCACCCGCAAAGACGAGAUCAUCACCAGCCUCGUGUCUGCCUUAGAUUCCAUGUGCUCGGCGCUCUCCAAGCUGAAUGCAGAGGUGGCCUGUGUCGCUGUGCACGAUGAGAGCGCCUUCGUGGUGGGCACCGAAAAGGGGAGAAUGUUCCUGAGCACGCGGAAGGAGCUGCAAUCAGACUUCCUCAGGUUCUGCCGAGGGGCCCCAUGGAAGGAGCCGGAGACAGAGCAUCCCAGGAAGGUGUCACGGGGCGAGGGUGGAGGCCGGAACGUCCCUCGGUCUUCCCUAGAGCAUGGCUCGGACGUGUACCUUCUGCGGAAGAUGGUAGAGGAGGUGUUUGAUGUUCUUUAUAGCGAGGCCCUGGGAAGGGCCACCGUGGUGCCCCUGCCCUAUGAGAGGCUGCUCAGGGAGCCGGGGCUGCUGGCUGUGCAGGGGCUGCCCGAGGGCCUGGCCUUCCGGAGGCCGGCCGACUAUGACCCCAGGGCCCUCAUGGCCAUCCUGGAGCACAGCCACCGGAUCCGCUUCAAGCUAAAGAGGCCACUUGAGGAUGGCGGGCGGGACUCAAAGGCCCUAGUGGAGCUGAACGGCGUCUCCCUGAUUGCCAAGGGGGCCCGAGACUGUGGCCUGCACGGUCAGGCCCCCAAUGGGCCAGCCCAGGACCUCCCCCCUCCUGCCACCUCCUCCUCCGUGGCCAGCUUCCUCUACAGCACCACGCUCCCUAACCACACCCCGAGGGAGCUCAAGCAGGAGGCGCCCGGCUGCCCGCUCGCCCCCAGCGACCUGGGCCUUGGCCGGCCUGGGCCUGAGCCCAAGGCCUCAGGUGCCCAAGACUUCCCUGACUGCUGUGGACAGAAGCCCCCCGGACCUGCUGGUCCUCUCAUCCAGAAUGUCCAUGCCUCGAAGCGCAUCCUCUUCUCCAUUGUCCACGACAAGUCAGAGAAGUGGGACGCCUUCAUCAAGGAAACCGAGGACAUCAACACGCUCCGGGAGUGUGUGCAGAUCCUGUUUAACAGCAGAUAUGCGGAAGCCCUGGGCCUGGACCACAUGGUCCCCGUCCCCUACAGGAAGAUUGCCUGCGACCCAGAGGCCGUGGAAAUCGUGGGCAUCCCUGACAAGAUCCCCUUCAAGCGCCCCUGCACAUAUGGGGUCCCCAAGCUGAAGCGGAUCCUGGAGGAGCGGCACAGCAUCCACUUCAUCAUCAAGAGGAUGUUUGAUGAGCGAAUUUUCACAGGGAACAAGUUUACCAAAGACCCCACGAAGCUGGAGCCAGCCAGCCCACCGGAGGACACCUCUACAGAGCUGUCCCGUGCCACUGUCCUCGACCUGCCCGGGACUGCUCGGUCAGACAAAAACGGGGUCCUUGAAGAAGGCGGGCCAGGAACGUCAGGGGAGCUGAGUGGGCUGAGGCCCAUUAAAAUCGAACCGGAAGAUCUAGAUAUCAUUCAGGUCACCGUCCCAGACCCUUCGCCAACCUCGGAGGAAAUGACAGACUCGAUGCCUGGGCAUCUGCCCUCCGAAGAUUCUGGUUAUGGGAUGGAGAUGCUGACUGAGAAAGGCCCCGGCGAGGACCCACGGCCUGAGGAGAGGCCCGCAGAGGACAGCCAUGGAGACGUGAUCCGGCCGCUGCGGAAGCAGGUGGAGCUGCUCUUCAACACACGAUACGCCAAGGCCAUUGGCAUCUCGGAGCCCGUCAAGGUGCCCUACUCCAAGUUCCUGAUGUACCCAGAGGAGCUGUUUGUGGUGGGGCUGCCUGAAGGCAUCUCCCUCCGCAGGCCCAACUGCUUUGGGAUCGCCAAGCUCCGCAAGAUUCUGGAAGCCAGCAACAGCAUCCAGUUUGUCAUCAAGAGACCUGAGCUGCUCACCGAGGGAGUCAAAGAGCCCAUCACGGACAGCCAAGAGAGGGAGUCCGGGGACCCUCUUGUGGACGAGAGCCUGAAGAGACAGGGUUUUCAAGAAAACUACGACGCUAGGCUCUCGCGCAUCGACAUCGCCAACACGCUGAGGGAGCAAGUCCAGGACCUGUUCAACAAGAAAUAUGGAGAAGCCCUGGGCAUCAAGUACCCCGUCCAGGUCCCCUACAAGAGGAUCAAGAGUAACCCUGGCUCAGUGAUCAUCGAGGGGCUACCCCCGGGAAUCCCGUUCCGAAAGCCCUGCACCUUUGGCUCCCAGAACCUGGAGAGGAUCCUUGCAGUGGCAGACAAGAUCAAGUUCACGGUCACCAGGCCUUUUCAAGGACUCAUCCCAAAGCCUGAUGAAGAUGACGCCAACAGACUAGGGGAGAAGGUGAUCCUCCGCGAGCAGGUGAAGGAGCUCUUCAAUGAGAAAUACGGUGAGGCCCUGGGCCUGAACCGGCCUGUGCUGGUCCCUUACAAACUGAUCCGGGACAGCCCCGAUGCCGUCGAGGUCACAGGCCUGCCCGAUGACAUCCCUUUCCGGAACCCCAACACGUACGACAUCCACCGGCUGGAGAAGAUCCUCAAGGCCCGGGAGCAUGUCCGCAUGGUCAUCAUCAACCAGCUGCAGCCUUUUGCAGAAAUCUGCAAUGACGCCAAGGUGCCAGCCAAAGACAGCAGCGUUCCCAAGCGCAAGAGAAAGCGGGUCUCGGAAGGGAACUCCUUCUCCUCCUCCUCCUCCUCUUCCUCCUCCUCGUCCUCGAACCCAGAGUCCGUGGCAUCUACCAACCAGAUCUCACUCGUGGUAAAGUUGCACAGAUCCGGACCUGCCCACCCUGCUCUUUGGCCUCCGCCCCGCGCUGGGGCAGGGCCGUCUACUCUGGGACGUGGGUUUGGGGCACAGGGAAGCGCUGGGUCUGAGUGGGGCUCCGCAGCCUCGGGGUGGCAGAUGUGUCUGCCAGGUCUGCCCACGAGAUAGUCCGACCCCGUCACUGGCUGCUCACACAUCCUCCCCCUCCUCCACAGGAAGUCACACCCCCACUGGGCAGGUGCAAGGCCCAGGGAAGGGGUGGGGGCCUCCCCUGGACGGGGCCAGAGCGGACCUAGUAGAUGCUAGGUUAAUCUCUGUGCUCACAGCGCAUGCUCGGGCCUCACCACAGCCCCCUGAGGUUGUAAGUGUUAGCCACAGCGCGUGGAGGAGGAAAACAAGGGGCAGGGGCUGAUUGACUGUGGCCUCACUGCGGUCAGCCUCAUUAGGGACACACACACUCGAGAGUUCUUUCAGACUUCAAAACACUAGCUUGGAAGUCCUGAGUCCAACAGGGAGAAUAUUGGAACGUGUUUGAAAAUGACUUGGAAAUUUCUUUAUCCUUGGACUGUGCUUCCCUCUUUUUUUUUUAAGUUUCAUUUUGAGAGCCCAAAGAGGGAAAGGACGAAGGCAGGAGGGGGCUGCUGGAGAGCGAGAAUCCCAAGCAGGCUCUGCACUGAACAGCGCAGAGCCUGACACGAGACUCAAACCCACAAAACUGAGA